AUGAAUUCAAACGCAAUCGAGGGGUGGCUGGCAUCCGUCGAGCGACUCUUUGCCACCAUCAAAGCUACUCCUGUUAUCUCUGGACUUGCUGUUACUGUUGGGCUGGGCACUGCUUGGGUAAUUCACGACUACAGGCAAUGGAAAGCCUUUGGCACCGGCGGCACCCCGCCUAACGUGUAUGGCUAUUGUCGAAUGACUAUACUUCGCAUCAGAUUUGCUUACCACGUACCGCUCCAAACCAACCCCGAGACACUGAGGAAUGACGGACCGUCGUUUCUCAAAGCUAUUCCACAACGAGCCGGUGGCCGCCCAAGACUUAUGCCACGCAUCCUCCCUCAACGGCAGAGACCAGAGCCUAUAGAACCAGCAACUCACCACAAGCUCAUGGCCCUCAUGAGCCGCGUAGCGAGUCAGCACUCAGACAUCCUCGAAACCAGACUCUCGCACACCGAAGGAACCGCAGACGGCUUGUAUGCACGCAAAAACAACAUAAACGUAAACCCCAUUGUUGCCGCAGAUCGCGAACUAAACUACGAAAUUGGCCAUGCACAUCACGCUGACAAUAGUUUACAUCUUUGGUUAAGUGAAGCGGAUGCAAGGAAAGUCAUUGAGGCGCGUUGGGGGCAGAGGUUUUGUCUACCGACUGUGCAGAGGGGGUGGACAAUGAUUUACGCGCCGCGGAACGCAGAGGAGCUGAAGUUGAUUGAAGAGUUUGUCAAGGCGAGUGUGAGAUGGGUUACUGGUGUUGCUAUUUGA